UUAUAUAUAUAUAUAUAGCCUACUUUCCUUCGACCAAGGAUUUCUUAUAGCUAAGCUAGCUAGAUGAAAUUUACCGGUAGUUUCCAAUGCUUGAUGGGCGGGAACGCCGUACAGUUCCACGGUCAGUCAUCGUCUUCUUCGGUAUUACCGGUCGCCACAAAAUCAUCACCACCCGUUUCGUUACAUGCACAUAACGACAACGACAAUAAAAACAAUAUAAACUCGAUGAAGAAAACGAAGACGAAGAAGACAAAGAAGAAAAAGAAAAAGAAAACAGAUCAUCGAAAAGUAAUCAGGUUGUUUAAACCAGACGGAGAGAUUAAUCUGUAUAACAAACCGAUAAAAGUAUCGGAAGUUAUGAUAGACGAGUAUAUGGUUUGUAGAUCAGAUUCUUUUUAUAUCGGGCAAAAGAUUCCGCCUCUAGACCGACACGAGCGUCUAGAACGCGGUCAUACUUAUUUUCUUCUCCCUGCUCAUUUGUUUCAUACCGUUCUUUCUUUUGUAACGAUCGCGUCGUUUACGUCUAAACAGAAAGAAAUUCAUGACGUGCAUGAAACGACAAGUAGUAACGCGGCCAACAUGAAAAUGAAGGCCGCGUUUCUUAAAAAAGCAGCAGCAAGCUCAUGUUCACCUUUCGAUAUUCAAAAAACGGCGUCAGGAACGCUCAGUAUUCGGGUAUCAGAGAUGUUUAUAUCACAACUGAUGAUGGAACAAGGUGCUGACGUGGCGUCUAGAAAUAAUAAGGAUAAUCACGACGACGACAAGGAACUACUACUUAUGGAUGACGACGAAGACGUUGUGGCCGCUGGUGAUGUGUUGUGUACUACUCCACAGCUGCAUCGAGAGUAUAAGCAGCUGGUAGUUGGAUCAAGAAGGUGUUGGAAACCGAAGCUCGAGAUGAUUAAGGAGACGCCUCCUAAAGGAAAGCGGAAAGUCAAGUUGUUACUUUCCGCUUCCUUCAGUCGGAUGAAGAAAAAAAUGAAAAAAAAUAAGAAGGUUGACGUUCCUGAUCAAAUAUCGUCAUCCUCUACCUCCGCUUCUAAGAAAAUUAGUAAUAAUAAAAAGAUCAAGAAGACCGUGGUCAAGGCAGCUGUGUCGCUUCGUUCCUCUUCUUCAGUAAAAGUAAACAAGUUUUCGAAGAUUAAGUAGUACGAGUAAUAUCUAGCUAGCUCUAGAUCCAGUUGAUAUCAGGUGUGUGGUUCUUCAGAUGCAUCAAGUGGGAAAUAACACAUGUUGAGUUGAUACCAAAAAAAAUAAACCUUCUUGUUAAUACAUACCAUUUGCCUUUUAGUCCUGUGAACUAUAUAUGAUGCCUUUUUAUGUCUACUUUUUGCCUGUAAGUGACUCGUUGAUACUGAGAAAAGGCUCUUUCUUAUGUGGUUCGCCUUUUGUAAAGUUUGUGAAAUGUUAUGUAGACCUCAAGUGCAAUUGGAGGAAUGGCUGCGUCUCCUGUACACGUUCCAUGACUGACUAACUGAGGUACAUAGAAUUGUUUUUGUAGAGGUGGUGGUAUGCAGGUUGGAUAACGAGUAUAAUUGUUUGGGUCAUAAUGGGCAGGGUUGGUUAAGGCCCGGCGGCUACUUACAUUUUCUGUCCAUUUUUAAGAGUUUGUUACUUGAUCAAUAAUUUAAUUUUAAAACAGAGGGUUUUAGGACAUUGUAAGCAUUUCAAUACAUGCUGCGUUAUGUUUUGCCCUUUUAAUCAAUCUGACACGUUACUAGCAUUUUUUUUUAUAUAUCUGAUCUCUAACGCUAGAAU